CCACCUUCCUUGAGCUUGAGCUUAACAGACGUUGAUUUCGUUUUCUCAAUUCCCUCCACGACACUUUGCGACCGGAAUAUUCGCCAUGGAUAUCGACGAAGACGAUGAUUUUUACGCCCCGGAAGAGCCCGAUGUUCAACCAACAGCCACUGCAGCAGCCCCUGCAGCCCCGGUAGCUGCCAAAACAGAGUCCCAGAAUGACGAGCUUGAAGAAGGCGAGGAAGAGGACGAGAGUGGGGAGAUGGACGAAGAUGAUGAUUCAGACAUAGACAUCAUAACAGAGAGGAAAGACGGCUCCAAACCAGCUCCUCCCUCACAGACACGAUACAGCGAAAUAAGAAAUAUCCCACAAAGGUCCACAUCCAAUGAUGCGACGGUGAAGGCUGCGCCCGUCAAGAAAGAAGAGGCUUCCAAGCCAUCCACAUCUGGGGCGGACCUUCCCGCAGUAUCCACGUCCAAAGUCGACGUGAACGCUAUUCCCGUCCACAAGCCGACAGGGAAGCCUAUUACUCAAGUCAGCAUCGACGAAGACCUUCCAGAGAACGACAAGCCCUGGCGCAAACCGGGCACCGACCUCUCAGACUAUUUCAAUUACGGCUUCGACGAGUUCACAUGGGCGCUGUACGCCCAAAAACAGGAGACACUGCGUGGCGAGUACAACCAGGACGCCGUCGCCCAAAACAACAAGAAGAUGUUCGAGGAGAUGACCAACAUGAUGAUGAUGGGCGGCAUGAUGCCGGGGAUGCCAGGCGGGCCAGGAGCAGGCGGUCCGGCGGCGGGCGCCGGCGCCGGGGGGGCGGCGAUGCCCGGAAUGGACGGCAUGCCGCCCGAGAUGCAGGCCAUGAUGCAGCAGAUGAUGGCGAGCGGCAUGGACCCCAGCCAGAUGGAUGCGGGCGCCAUGUCGGCCAUGUUCGCCGGCAUGCAGAACCCUGGCGGCGCCGGCGGGGCGGGAGCCCAGGGCGCGCAGGGGCAGAACUUCGGCGCCGGCUUUGGCGGGAACCAGGGGCAGGGGUACGGCUACGACCAGCAGGGAAUGGGUGGUGGAGGUGGCCGAGGCAAUUUCGGCGGAGGGAGGGGUCGAGGAGGGAGGAGGAAUUGGUAAUGACAGUAAUGAUAUCCCAAAAAUUCAUUCAUCUUCAUUAAGUUUUCCCUUCAAUUGGCCUCCCUGAGGCCAAUUGACUUGUCAAUUGACUUGCAAUUGAACCCAAU